UGCAGAAUGCCCCACAAGAUUGGAUUUGUAGUGGUCAGUUCAUCUGGACACGAAGAUGGCUUCAGUGCCCGGGAGCUGAUGAUCCAUGCACCAACCGUCAGUGGAUGGAGGUCUCCCAGGUUUUGCCAGUUUCCGCAAGAAAUUGUUCUUCAGAUGAUAGAGAGAUGUCGGAUACGAAAACUGCAGUUACUUGCUCACCAGUACAUGAUUUCAAGUAAAAUUGAGUUCUACAUUAGUGAGAGCUUGCCUGAAUAUUUUGUACCAUAUCAAGCAGAGCGCUUUCGGAGACUCGGUUACGUCUCUCUGUGUGAUAACGCAAAGACCGGCUGCAAAGCCCGGGAGCUAAAAUCGGUGUAUGUGGACGCAGUCGGGCAGUUUCUGAAGCUGAUAUUUCAUCAAAACCAUGUCAAUAAAUACAACGUAUAUAAUCAGGUCGCUCUGGUUGCAGUAAAUAUCAUUGGAGACCCUGCAGAUUUCAGUGAGGAAAGCAAUAUUACUUCUAGAGAGAAGCUGAUUGACCACUACCUGGGGCACAAUGCCGAGGAUCCUGCUCUGGACGGCACCUAUACUGGGAAACCUGACUACAUUUCUCCGCUGGAUGAUCUUGCCUUUGAUAUGUACCAGGAUCCAGAAGUAGCACAGAUUAUACGCAAGUUAGACGAAAGAAAACGUGAUGCUGUCCAAAAAGAACGUUAUGAUUAUGCCAAGAAAUUAAAACAAGCUAUUGCUGAUUUGCAGAAGGUUGGCGAGCGUCUUGGGAGGUACGAGGUGGAGAAGCGUUGUGCUGUGGAGAAGGAAGACUAUGACCUCGCCAAGGAGAAGAAGCAGCAGAUGGAACAGUAUCGCACCAAGGUCUACCAGCAGCUGGAGCUUCACAACCUGAUGGACGCAGAGCUGAUGCGAAGACCCUUUGAUUUGCCCCUGCAGCCCCUCGUGCACCCCAGCAGCCCUCGCCGUCGGAGCGUGAAGCCUUCCCUGCCGCAGCAGGAGGAGAGGCCGACAGAGAAGCAGGUGGCAGAGCCGCUGCUGCAGGAGCUGCCCUCCUCGCAGCCUCGCAGCGCCCCUCCUCAGCACCCUGCCGUGGCCCAGGGGCUGCCAGCCCCAGAGCCCCAUCCAAAGAGCACUGUGGAGACGUUGCCCUAUGAUGAGCGACCCCUCCCAGCCAUUCGCAGACAGCAAGGGGAGGCACAUAUGGAGUAUGAAAUCAGGGACGCGGACAUCAGCGAGUCUCACAAAGGAGGUGUUUCAUGGGAACUGGAGCCCUUAACAGAGAAAGCCCUGAGAGAAGCCAGCCCUGCCAUCGAUGUUCUCGGGGAGACUUUGGUCGCAGGGGCCUACUCCAAGACAUGGUCAUAUCGGGAAGAUGCAUUGCUUGCUUUAUAUAAGAAGCUGAUGGAAAUGCCUAUUGGAACACCAAAGGAAGACUUAAAGAACAUGCUCAGAGCGUCCAUCUUUCUCAUUAGAAGAGCCAUGAAAGACAUAGUGACCUCGGUCUUUCAGGCCUCUUUGAAACUGUUGAAGAUGAUCAUUACGCAGUAUAUUCCUAAGCAUAAACUGAGUAAACUGGAGACAACCCACUGUGUGGAGAGAACCGUCCCCACCCUGCUCACCAGGACCGGGGACUCCUCUGCUCGCCUGCGCAUCAUAGCUUCCAACUUCAUCCAGGAAGUGGCCUUAUUUAAGGAAGUUAAGUCUCUCCAAAUUAUCCCAACUUACUUGGUCCAGCCGUUAAAAGCAAACGCUUCAACUCACCUGGCAAUGAGCCAGAUGGACCUCCUGGCACGGCUGCUGAGAGACCUGGGCACCGAGGGCUCGGGCUUCACCACUGAUAAUGUGAUGAGGUUUUCAGUGAGUGCCCUGGAGCAUAGAGUGUAUGAGGUGCGAGAAACAGCGGUUAGAAUUAUUUUGGACAUGUAUAAACAGCACCGGGCUUUUGUUCUAGAAUACCUUCCUCCAGACGACACCAACAUGCGCAGAAACAUUCUCUAUAAGACAAUUUUUGAGGGAUUUGCUAAAAUAGAUGGCAAACCUACAGAGGCUGAAAUUAGGGCACAGAAAAAGGCAGCCACGGAAGAAGCAGAAAAACAAAAGAAAGAAGAAAUUAAAGUUUUACAAGGACAGUUGGCAGCACUCAAAGAAAUCCAGGCUGAAGUCCAGGAAAAAGAAAGUGAUGCCAUGAAACCCAAGAAUCAAGACACUCAAGGAAGGAAAGCCGCCCCACCUAAUGCUCCAGAAAUUCCAGAUAAUCAUUAUUUGGACAACUUAUGCAUUUUUUGUGGGGAAAGGAGUGAAUCCUUCACAGAGGAAGGCCUGGACCUGCAUUACUGGAAGCACUGUCUCAUGCUGACCAGAUGUGACUACUGCAAGCAGGUGGUGGAGAUAGCCAGCCUGACGGAGCACCUGCUGACAGAGUGUGACCGCAAGGAUGGGUUUGCGAAGUGCUACCGCUGCAGCGAGGCCGUGCUGAAGGAGGAGCUGCCCAGACACGUCAAAACCAGAGACUGCAAUCCUGCCAAGUCAGAGAAGCUGGCAAACCGGUGUCCUUUGUGCCAUGAGAACUUCUCGCCUGGAGAAGAGGCGUGGAAGGCUCAUCUGAUGGGUCCUGUGGGCUGCACCAUGAACCUGCGUAAGACACAUGUCCUGCACAGGGUGCAGGCACCACCACUAGAGCCUGGGAAAGGCUCAACAAUGACCAGAGCAGGUACCUCAGGAUCGAAGGCUGGAAGCAAGAUCCCCACCCCAAAGGGAGGCCUGAGUAAAAGCUCCAGUAGGACAUACACAAAGCAAUGA